AUGUUCCUAUCGUUACUGCUUCUUGUGAAUUCUGCAUUAUUCGUAGUAAAGCAGUCGACUCAUUCAUUGAGUGAGGCAUCGAGGGCCUUUUCUGCUCAAUGCACAAUAACCUAUCCGCAAGAUAUUGCGUAUCGUCAAGGAAGUACUGUCAAUAUCUCACCCACUCAUUCUUGUACUGUUUCUUCGUGGAUGAUUGAGCCUCCUCUUCCGUCCUACCUUUCGUUUGAUUCAGAGUCUGGAGUCAUUUCUGGAAUCGUGGAAGAGGUUUUUGAGGAACAAUACGUCAUCACAGCUGUAACAAACGAGGGGAAUGUGCAGAUCUCUUUUAUUCUCAGCGUCUUAUCGAAUGGAUGCGCAGCAGACGGAAUCUGGCCGUUCACUUUUGGUUCGCAGACCGCCAAGAUUCCUUGCACAGAUGAAUAUAAUUAUGUGGGUGCCUAUUACCGAACGUGUGAGGGCUACAUAGCUCCUCAUUGGGGAGAAGUCACAGGCAAUUGCAGCCUCGGUCCCCCAUACGAUCUACACUAUCCUUACAAGCGAAUCCAAUCAUUUUAUGGUUAUUCCGUUUCUCCCAUCAUUCCAUCCUUCCGCGGGAAGGGCUCUGCGUUUUCUCUGAACUCUCCACUUCCCUCUGGAAUGGAGUUCAAUGCGGAAAAUGGAGCUAUCAGCGGAAUGCCCACUGGGGAAGUGGGAUGUUCGACAGUAAAUGUUUCGGUUCAAAACGAGGUGGGGAACUGCACAGGCAGUGUUGAAAUCUGCGUCAUUGAAGGGAAAAGCAGACCAUCAACACAGAAGACCAUUCGUCCAUCCUUCUGGAAUUUUUGCAGUAUUGCAGUCCUUGUGGUUUGUGUCAUAAUUAUGAUUUUGAUUGCUAUGUUUCCGCAUUCAAUUGAGCCCAAAAUAGGAGAGAGAGUAAAAAUCGAUACUGGGCAAGGUGUGAAUAUUAAAACCUUCUUAAUAUUGGUCCUUACACACAGUAAAAACCAUACAUCCAAAAAGAAUCAAUGUUCCCAAGAGAACUUCAUGACCUCCUAUAUACACUGUGUUAUGAACAAGAGAGUGCAUCACAAAAAUAACACAUUGCAGGCUUGA